AUUUCCAUUUUCUUUCCAUACACAACAAAUGCGUUUCUAAGUUAUCGCUCUUCACACUUUUCACACUCACUCCCUCACUCCUCAUUCUCACUCUCUCUCUGCAUGCAAUUCCCGUUGAUCCCAUUUCGCCGGAAAUGACGAACAAGGGCAAAGCAAAUGCUAAGGGUAAAGCUCCCGCCGGCAAAGAUUCUGACGGGAAACGCAAGCGCGGUUACGACGACGACAAAACCGGCGGCCUCAAGAGGAAGAAUCGAGGAGUCGAUCAGUUCUUCGAAGAAGAAGCAGAUGACAUCGACGACAGCGAAGAGAGUGACUCCAUUGAUUUAAGCGAUGAUUCUUAUGAAGAUGAAUUUGAGACUUUGUCAACGAGGAAUGUGUCAGAUAAGGGUCAGAGUAGCUACCCAUCUGUCCCCAAACAGGAGCUUGUGGAUGAAGAAGAAUAUGAUAGACUGAUGGAAGAACGAGUUAAUUCUAGGUUUUUCACUUUUGCUGGUGACGGUGAUGAUGAGUUUGAGGAUAAACCAAUGGACCAGAGUUCUUUGCAUCAUGCUCUUAAGGAAUCUAUUCCAACCAUAUGGAAAGUUAAAUGCACUGUUGGGCGUGAGAGGCUUUCAGCUAUCUGUUUGAUGCAGAAGUUUGUUCACCUGAAAUCACUUGAUACUAAAUUGCAGAUAAUAUCUGCCUUUGCUGUAGAUCACAUGAAAGGCUAUGUAUACAUUGAAGCUGAAAGGCAAUGUGAUAUAAAUGAGGCAUGUAAAGGGAUUACUGGUAUUUAUGCUACUCGGGUGCAACCUGUUCCGAGAAAUGAAGUUUUUCAUUUAUUCUCUGUUAAAAUUAAAAAACCUGAAAUUUCUGAGGGCAUGUGGGCUCGCGUUAAAGCUGGUAAUUACAAGGGGGACUUAGCACAGGUUGUAGCGGUGAAUAAUACACGCAAAAAAGUUACUGUGAAGCUGAUUCCAAGAAUAGACCUACAAGCUCUGGCUGCCAAAUUUGGUGGAGGAUGUCGCCAAAAAAACUCGGUACCAGCUCCAAGAUUAAUCAGCUCCAGUGAACUUGAGGAAUUCCGACCUCUGAUCCAAAUUAGACGCGACCAGGACACAGGCAAGGUUUUUCAGGUUCUUGAUGGCUUGCUCCUCAAAGAUGGAUAUGUAUAUAAGAAAGUAUCUCCAGAUUCAUUAAGUUUUUGGGGUGUUGUUCCCACUGAGGAGGAGCAAUUAAAGUUCGGGUCUUCUGAAAACAAUGAAUCAAAUGAUAUGGAUUGGCUUUCUAAUAUUUAUGGCGACACAAAGAAAAAGCGGGUAAUAACAGCUGACAAGGGCGAUGGCAAAGGAGAGGGCUCAUCAGGUUCAGGAAAAGAUUUUGAAUUAUUUGCUCUCGUGUGUUUUCGCAAAAAGGACUUUGGUGUGAUAAUAAGCACUGAUAAAGAUGGUACUUACAAGAUUCUAAAAGAGAGUUCAGAAGGACCUGCUGCUGUAACUGUUGAACGAACCGAAAUAAAAAGUGCGCUGUGUGAUCUUAAACUUAGUGCCCAAGACCUGCACAAUAAGACUAUAAUUGUUAAUGAUAACGUUAAGGUUCUGGAAGGUCCAUCCCAGGGUAAACAAGGUGUGGUUAGGCAUAUCUAUCGAGGGAUUGUUUUUGUGUAUGAUGGAAAUGAGGAAGAAAAUGGUGGUUACUUCACAGCUAAAGCUAUUAUGUGUGAGAAAGUCAAGCUUGCUGUUGGUGAUUUCAGUGGAACUGGAAAGGAUGGUGAACCAGGUCCUUUAGUCUUUGAUGAUCAACCAUCAUCGCCAAGGUCACCACUGUCACCGAAAAAGCCAUGGCAAGCAAGAGAAAGUGAUCGCGAGUUUAACCGUGGGGACAGUGACAGCUUGUUUGCUAUUGGCCAGACCUUGAGAAUUAGGAUAGGUCCUUUGAAGGGAUACCUCUGCCGUGUCACUGGCAUACGUCGCUCUGAUGUUACUGUGAAACUAGAUUCUCAACAAAAGUUUCUUACAGUUAAAUCUGAGCACCUUUCUGUGGUUCAAGGGAAGAGUACCGCAGUGUCAACAAGUGAUGAUCCAGAUUCGAGUUCACUGAAGCCAUUUGAUUUGCUGGGUGGCGCUGAAGGCGGCUCUGGAGGUUGGAUGAAUAGUAAUGCGGGAACGUCCACAGGAGGCUGUGGAUGGAAUGCUGGUGAAACCUCCACUGGAGGUGGUGGUUGGAAUGCUGGACAAACCUCCACUGGAGGCGAUGGUUGGAAUGCUGGACAAACCUCCACUGGAGGCGGUGGUUGGAAUGCUGGACAAACCUCCACUGGAGGUGGUGGAUGGAAUGCUGGAGAAACGUCAGCUGAAAGGAGUGCAUGGUCUAACCCUUCAGCUCCGAGUUCUGUGCCAGGAUCUACCUCGGAUCCCCCCAGCUCUCAGGGUAAUGCAGAAGAUAACGGCUGGGGCGCUAAAAGUACUUCAACUCCAAAGCCCUCAUGGGGUGUUACAGAGAACACCACAGUCACAUCUGAGCCUGAUCAGUCUGGUGGCUGGGGAAUAGGUGGAGGCAGUUCGGGUCAGGCAGAGCUUAACGACAAUCAGAAUACUUCCUGGGGCACUAAGAGUACUUCAACACCAAAGCCCUCAUGGGGUGCUACAGUGAACACUGGAACCACGUCUGAGCCAGAUCAAUCUAGUGGAUGGGGAAAAGGUGGAGGCAGCUCGGGUCAGGCAGAGCUUAACGACAGUCAGAAUACUUCCUGGGGCACUAAAAGCACUUCAACUCCGAAGCCCUCAUGGGGUGCUGCAGUGAACACUGGAACCACAUCUGAGCCAGAUCAAUCUGGUGCAUGGGGAAAAGGUGGAGGCAGCUCGGGUCAGGCAGAGCUUAAUGACAAUCAGAAUACUUCCUGGGGCACUAAAAGUACUUCAGCUCCGAAGCCCUCAUGGGGUGCUGCAGUGAACACUGGAACCACAUCUGAGCCAGAUCAAUCUGGUGGAUGGGGAAAAAGUGGAGGCAGCGCGGGUCAGGCAGAGCUUAAUGACAAUCAGAAUACUUCCUGGGGCACUAAAAGUACUUCAGCUCCGAAGCCCUCAUGGGGUGCUGCAGUGAACACUGGAACCACAUCUGAGCCAGAUCAAUCUGGUGGAUGGGGAAAAAGUGGAGGCAGUUCAGUUCAGGCACAGCUUAACGACAAUCAGAAUUCUGGUCAUUCUUCCUGGGGCACUAAAAGCACUUCAACUUCGAAGCCCUCGUGGGGUGCUGCAGUGAACACUGGAACCACAUCUGAGCCAGAUCAAUCUAGUGGAUGGGGAAAAGGUGGAGGCAGCUCGGGUCAGGCAGAGCUUAAUGACAAUCAGAAUACUUCCUGGGGCAAUAAAAGUACUUCAACUCCGAAGCCCUCAUGGGGUGCUGCAGUGAACACAGGAGUCCCAUCUGAGCCUGAUCAGUCUGGUGGCUGGGGUAAAGGUGGAGGCAGUUCGGGUCAGGCAGAGCUUAACGACAAUCAGAAUACUGCCUGGGGCACUAAAAGUACUUCAACUCUGAAGCCCUCGUGGGGUGCUGCAGUGAACACUGGAACCACAUCUGAGUCGGAUCAAUCUGGUGGAUGGGGCAAGAAAAGCGAAUGGAACUCAGGAAACAGUGGAAGCCAAGCUUCAGAUGUGAACAAAAGUAAAUGGAAUUCUGAUCCCCAAUCUCAAGAUUCAAAUUGGGGAAAGAAAAGCAACUGGAAUUCUAGUUCUGGUGGUGCAAGUGAAGGCACUAAUUGGAGAAGCAAUGAAGGUCCAAAUGAAACUUCUGAAGACGGAGGUGGGGGGAGGGGAGGUUACCGUGGUAGAGGUGGCUCUGAUAGAGGUGGCUCUGAUAGAGGUGGCUCUGAUAGAGGUGGCUUUAGAGGUAGAGGGUUUCGGGGUAGAGGAGAACGUGGGGGCUUUGGUGGUAGAGGUAGAUCAGAUAAUGAAGGUUUUGGUGGUAGAGACAGAGGAUUCGGAGGAGGCAGAGGCCGUGGAAGGAAUGACCAACCUGGUGCUUGGAACAAUAGCCGCGAUUCCGGCGAGGAUGGAUCCUCCGGCUGGAAGAAUAAUAGUGGGUCUGGGGCUUGGAACCAGAAUAGUGGUGACAAGAAGGAUGGAGGGAGCUGGAGCCAUGAUAAUGCAGAUAAGGAGCGUUCAAGUAAUGCUGGAGGUGGAAGUAAUAAGCCGUGGCAGAGCUGGACUUCAGCAAGUGGUGGAGCUAGCAGUGGUUGGAACAGUGAUGGGCCAGGACAGGGGACAGAGGAUAAAGGCGGUGCUGGCUGGGCAAAGGGAACGGAUUCUGGUGCUGGCUGGGCAAAGGGAACUGAUUCCGGUGCUGGCUGGGCAAAGGGAACUGAUUCUAGUGCUGGCUGGGCAAAGGGAACCGAGUCUGCUCCAGAUAAGGGUCAAUCGUCUAGUUGGAAUGAUUCUGCAGCAAAUGGUGGUGCUGCAGGUUCGUGGGGGGGCAAGAAAAAUGACAAUGGUAGCAAAGGUGGAUGGUAAUUACUUUCUAGAACAUGCUAAACGAACCAAAGUAAAUCAAGCUCCGUAGUUUCUUGCUGAUUUCAACCAUUUUUGUAAAUACACAAAUCUUUCUGCUGGAACUUGAUGCCCAUUAUGGCAACUUUAAAUUAUCGUAAACAGAUAUGAUGAAUGACUAACCCUUUCUGCUAUGUUUUGCAAUGAAUGUUCGAUGGAAUUUGGUGUGCAGUUGUGUUACUGCAUUUUUUGAGGGUUUGUGAAAUACUUUGUUCUCUUGUGUAUGUAUUGACUUGCGUUGUUGUUUUUUCCAUCUGGUGAAAAGUAUAUUGUUGCUUAUUUA